AUGUCCCUGAAGAAGGAGCGACGGACGACAGCGGAGUGUGAGGAGGAAAAGAGGAGCCAAGAGGAGGAAGAGGAGAGAGCCAGGAUCAAAGAGGAGAGAGACACACAACUGUCUGUCCCUGAGAUCAUCACUGUGUGUGUGAAGGAAGAGCCCUUUGAGCCGAAGGAGGAGCCCUUUGAGCCAAAACAAGAGCCUCUAGAGCCAAAGGCAGAGGAUCCAGAGUCUCCCUCAGAGAACGAGGGAGACACAGACCACUCCUCUGACUCUGAUGAAGACUGGAGAGUUCCAGUGAGGAGCACUGAGGACCAGAACGAGCAGGACAGAACCAGGAGAGAGACCACAGUGAACCAUGAAGACGGGUCUAAGGAGCAUCUGACAACAGCAGAGAAUGACGAGGAAGUGUGUCUCUCCACAAAGAAGAGGAGCCAAGAGGAGGAAGAGGAGAGAGCCAGGAUCAAAGAGGAGGAAGAGGAGAGAGCCAGGAUCAAAGAGGAGGAAGAGGAGAGAGACACACAACUGUUUGUCCCCGAGUACAUCACUGUGCGUGUGAAGUCAGAGGAAGAGCCCUUUGAGCUAAAACAAGAGUCUUUCGAGCCCUUUGAGCCAAAACAAGAGCCCUGUGAUCUCAAAUCAGAGGAACCACAGGGAGAAGACCUCAAGGCAGAACCACAGUCCGACCCCGAGACCGAGGGAGGCACAGACCACUCAUCGAACUCUGACCAAGACUGGACAUCCCCGGUCAGGAUCGAUGGAGACCAGGAGAACCAAGACCAGGUGAGGACCAGGGGAACCACAGGACAGACCUCAGACCUGUCCGCCACGUCUGCCCCAGAGACCAGCAGAAACAAUGGAGACAGGACCUCCACAAAAACAGCCGGGCGGGAGAUCCACCAGUGCCCUUUCUACUCACCCCCGUCCCCCUCACACUCCGCCGCCGACAGCCGCUCCUGCUUCACGGACAUGUUUAAAAGCCUUUAG